AUGACGACAACAAAUGAAUUUGAUUUGUCAUAUGAGACAUAUUCUGAUCAUAAUGAAACUUAUAUUGAUAAUAGUGACAAAUCAUAUGAAUAUAAUGCUGAGAAGAACAAUAAAUGUUCAUAUUAUUCAAUAUUAAAUGUAAAUAAACUAAAUCCAUUGUCUUAUAAUCAUGAGGAAACAUUGAUCAUAAAUCAAAACAAGAAAGAAACAUUAUCAUCUGUUUCAAAAACAUCAUCAAAUGAUGAUACUUGUACUCUGAAUGAUAAUCCUGUUCUGUAUGUAUCAUCAAUAAAUUCAACAUUAAAUGUACCCGAACAUUAUCAGUCAUCUGCAACAAAAGUAAUACAACAAAAUAAUAACAAUAAUCAUAUUACAUCACCAUUUGACUGCCCAUCAUUGCCACAAUGUUCCGCUUCUUCAUCAUCCUUGACAGAUCAUCAAACGAAGUUAUUAACAAAAACACCAUCAGUUUUGUCAGUGCAAUCGACAGGAUCAUUAAAUCAGCAUAUUAUGAAUGAGAAUAGUGGACGAUAUCAUGAUCAUCAGCAACAACCGAAAAAUACGAAACCAUUAGAAAAAACCACAACAAAUAAUAAACAAUAUCUAAAGUACAAUACUAAUGAUAGCCGAAAUCGAACAAGUCCAAUUCAAAUGAGAGUUGUUCAUAUUGAUGGAGAAUUUGUCGUACGAAUUUAA